AUGAUAUUCACGCGUGGUGUUUCCCUGACCAACUUCCUGGUGGCGAGCUCCGCCCUGGGCUUCCAGGUGUUUGUGCUGUACCCAUGGCACAAGGAGCUAGAUGCCGGGUUCGAGGAGCUGAAGAGGGAGCAUCUCAAGGUCUUGGAUGCUGUGGGAAACAGCCUCAGCGUCCAGCAGCAAAAGACAUUCUCCGACAAGCUGAACGAGAUUAAGCGCGAACCUGGUCCGAGAAGCGCCUAUUUUGUCGCUGCACAUACCUCGAGGGCGGGAGAAGCAGCUACCGUCAACGACAAACUUGUGCCGGCCAAAAGCAUCCAAUCUACAGUCACCGUUAGCCAGGGUACCGCAGAUGUCUCCUUGUACGCAAGAUACGCCUUGGCCGGGGCAUUCUGUUGUGCAUUCACACAUGCAAUCCUGACUCCCGUCGACGUUGUAAAGACUCGAAUACAACUUGAUCCGACAAAGUACAGCAGCAGCCUUUACAAGAGCGCACGGCAAAUCUUGCAGCUGGAAGGGCCGGCGGCCUUCUUGACAGGAUUAAAACCGACGAUUGCAGGAUAUUGCCUACAGGGCGCCUUUAAAUUUGGCGGGUACGAGUUCUUCAAGGCACAGGCCGUCGACUAUCUCGGAUAUUCGACCACCGCCGACAACCGCAAUGCCGUGUACCUUACAUCGGCCGCGGCGGCAGAAUUCCUGGGCGACAUCGCCCUAUGUCCGUUUGAAUCUGUUCGGAUCCGGCUCGUCUCCCAACCUACCUACGCAAACGGCUUAAUCGACGCAUUGGCAAAGAUGGCCAGGGAGGAGGGUCUGCGUGGCCUAUACUCGGGCCUGGGGCCUAUCCUCCUCAAGCAGAUUCCAUACACCAUGGCGACGUUUCUGGUUUACGAAAAGGCAGUGCAGACGGCACAUGCCGUGGUGGACAGGGAAAGCCUCUCCGCGGCUGGGGUCACGGGCGUCAAUCUCGGAGCGGGCCUCGUUGCUGGUCUGGCCGCUGCGGUGGUCUCUCAACCGGCAGACACGAUCCUCAGCAAGAUCAACAAGGACAGGGGGCAGGCAGGCGAGGAUACUACGCGCCGCAUAGUGCGCAUCGCGACGGAGCUCGGGCCGCGUGGUGCAUUUACCGGGAUGCGGGCUCGGUUGGUCAUGGUAGGCGCCAUGACGGCUGUUCAAUUUGGCAUCUAUGGGAAUAUAAAAAAGCUUUUCGGGGCAACGGAUGGCGUGGAGCUAAAAUAA